UUUUAUUUUAAAAUAUACGCAAUUUGAAUUUUUGGCCAGCUGUUUUUACUAUCAUUAAAUCGAAUCCAAUAAUGUAUGCGUGUACGAUGUGCGGUUUGAGCAAGUCCGAGCUGGGCAGCAAUCCGGAAUUCGAGUUUCGCAGCCGGCGCCGGACGAAGGAGGACUCGUACAUCGAGGGCACAUCGGACUGGUGCCCGAAGUGUGAGGCUUUGCGUUUCUUCUAUAAGAUCAUCGAUAGCGAAGCUAGGAUAAAAAUAUUACGGGACUCAAGCCAUAAUAUAGUCAACUACAAGCGCGAAGCGAGAGCCAAGACAAGAGACAACCGGGAAAUGGAUGUGCUACGAAAUUGGAAGACGCAACACGAUCUGCGUCGGGAGGCACGCAAAGUAUUACGGGAGGGGACCAAGCUGCCUUCCAAGGUGCUGCUCAGUUCCAUGAGGGGGCGCGGGUUUAGGUCACACAGCGAGGAGCACGACAGGCACAAUCAUCGUUAUCCGCAUGCUUCGCACUAUCGCUCCAAGUCAGCUAUAAACGAGCCGCAUCGUAGGAAGGACCGUGCGGAAUAUCGCAGCCAUACGGCCAGGCAAUGCGAGCAGGAGUCCAGCGAGGAAGGCGGUCAGUGCAAGAAAACUAUAGAAGAAAUUCUUGGAACACCGGGGGCUGGAAAUUCGCGCACGUCGAUCAAGUUUAAGAGUAAGCGGGAUAUAAUCAAGGUGCAGGAGCUGGAGUUGCUAAAUCCCUUUCAGGAGGAGCUGCUGUGGCGCACAAAUAAGCAUCGAGAAGACCUAGCCAAGCGUGAGCAAAAGACAGACAAGGACCAAAGUCCAACCACAAUGCUAGACUACGAAAGGAAGCCAAUUUUUAAUGCAGCCGUUAGACCGGUCAAGCAUCUGACCGUGGAGGACGCGACUAGCGAUAUGGUGGAGCGGGAGGAACUGGAUGAUCAGCUAAUCAACAAGCUGAAAGAAAAGAAGCACUUGGUUGGCGAGUGGGAGCAGAUACGACAACGUGUUGAGGAGGAGUACAUUCGGGUCAAGGCGGAGCUGGCCGAGCUGAGGGCCAAGCGAGACAAGGAAAUCGAACGAAAAAAAAAUAUAGCCACUGCACAGGCGGCUCUCGACCGACAGCGCGGUGGUGCAUACUUCGGCAAAUAUAUCGAGCCGGGCACCGAGCUCAGUAUGUCCUCGGACAAGAAGGAGAAAACUAUCGGCGACGCUUUGGAUGAGAAACUGAAUCACUUGCUGGAAUCGCUGCAGGAGAGUGCCAAUGCUGGGCAGCAAUCCGACAAGCAGGAGAAAGAGAAACCGCUGAAAGUUGAGCCCACCGCACCGCCGGCGGAGAGUCAAGUCGACUUUGCACUUAGCGAAAAGCUGUUGCGUACGGAGCAGUUUGAGAAAGUUCAAAGUGAGAUCAAUGAAGACUGCAAUCUUAAAGAGCUCCAGGACGUAUUCUUGCCCAAGCCGGAGGAUCACCACGAAUUUAAGCCCAAGCGUCUGUUGAGCAAACUGCAUAUGCUGGUGUCCACAGUGCAGCGUGCACGAUUCCGAGGAUUCCCCGAGGAUCCACAGAAGCUGCUGCACAGCCUGAACACAGUGGAGCUGAUGAAGUACCGUGAUCCACCACCGCCGCAGUUCUCCACGCUGCCCUGCAGCCCCAACGAGCUAGUCAAUCUGUUGUCCAUUAAACGCGAGGUUUUGCAGCCGAAUAUGACACGCCCACUCAAGGUGUGUCGCUCGCCCAUAUUCUGUCCCGACUCGGAGUGCCGGCGUAUGUUCUUCAUCUCGGACUUCAACGAUCACCUCACCCACGAGCAUCCCGCCCUGCCCAUGGAGCGCAUCGCGCCCUGCAUGGCCAAGACGUUCUUCCUCGACACGCGAGUCACCAUGUUGAACCAGGCCAAAUGCAACAUGGUCUACUUCGUUAAGGACAAGUUCUUCGACUCGAACUCCAACAAACAUCCCGAUCUACUGCCAGUGCUCAUCAUGACAGCCCGAAUGCAGAUAACUGAAUUCUUCAGCCUGAGAGACUCGGAGACGCUUUCCCAUAACGCCGCGUGCUGCAUACCCGACCAGGAGAUCUUCAUGCUGUGGCUAACUACCGUUCGCCCCGACGACAUCAAAAUCGUGGGCACCGUCUCCCUGUGGCCCACCAGAAGCCGGCCCAUCAUCGAGUACCUGAUGGUGCACACCAACGAGGCCUACAACAUUCGCGCCGCUCAAAGCCUGAAGGACAUCUACGGCAGCAAUCGCGCCAUAACCGUGCCAGGCAGCAUUAUUAGCCGGAUGACCAACAAUGGCGAAAACCUUCUGGCCGUACAGGUGUUAAUACAUUAGAAAUUACCUUUGGCAAUGAUUUUUUGAUGAAAUUUUUAGCGAACUGCGUUUUACAAGCAAACUUUGGGAGGGAAUUGUUUUUCUA